CGAACAGUACCGAGGUAUUUCGAACAGAACCCAGGAUUUCAUCCAUCAGACAGCUGCAAAGGUCGGACCACUUCUUGAAUCCACAAAGUACAGGCUCCGACACCUUGACCAUGCCCGUUCACGAUCUACACAAACCUUUGGAAGACUGGGCCAGGAGGCGAGGCCAGAUCUAUGACGAGGAAGCCAGGUUGGAGGUUGACACCCACAGACUGCGUAUCAGCACCACCGAGUCCUCCAUGUCCGAACUCCGGGUCGCUGCAAGAUCAAUUCUCCAUCCGGGGUCUUGUUCAAGUCAAAUACAAGAACAGUACAGACACCACCCAAGAGCACACCUUCAUGGUGGAGAGACAAACCGAGGCAACGGUCACGACCUCUUUGGCAAACGGCUUCACCAGAAAUGGCAACGUUGGAAUACAGUUAAACGUUCCUGUUGACGUCUCCAAAGCUACUGGCAGCUUCGGGUCGAGCGUGACCGUGGACACCGAAGACGAGAACACUGUGAAACAUGCCGUCAGCUGGGCCAUCAACUCCAAGGUGAAAGCCCUCCAGGGGAGACAACUGUCGCUGUUCUUAAGAUUAUUGAGGAGAAGCAUUACUUUACCUUCGAGGCCAAGGUCACCAUGAAGGGACGGGUCCUGGUACGAAUUAUGGAUGACGACGGAACUGUUCUGCGCGUCAUGGAGAAUGACCUGGCCACCAUCUUGGAGGAUGAUAAAGAGUUUAAAAAAAAAGGGGAGUCAAAGGUUGACA